AUGGCGUCCAUGAUAGACAUCCAACGAGAGCUCAUUCUCAACUCGAUCAAGCAGACCACCCGCGGCGACUGGAAGAUACUCAUCGUGGACGAGGACAGCCAGAAGCUGAUCAACAACGUGGUCAAGGAAGAUGACAUCCUCAACCUCAACAUUACAAACAUCGAGCGCAUCGAAGACCGGCGGCAGACGAUACGCGACAUGGACGCCAUAUACAUCAUCACACCCAAGCCGCACAUCGUCGACUGCAUCAUGGCCGAGUUCGACCAGCGCAGAUACCGCGGCUUCUUCUUGAUAUGGACCACGUUGCUGCCGCCACACCUCAAGGAGCGCAUAGACCGGUCGCAGAUGGCACGCGAACAGAUUCGGAGCUUCCGGACGGUGCACCUCGACUUCCACCCCCAGGAGUCGCACCUCGUCACCUUCAAAGACCCCUGGAGCUUCCCCAUUCUCUACCACCCCGAGUGCAACAACCUCGUAGUGCGACACAUGGAAGACAUUGCUGAAAGAAUAACUGGCAUCUGCGUCGCACUGGGCGAAUACCCCAUCAUCCGCUACUACCGACCGCGGGCCCCAACCCACGAGGCCAGCGUCUUGUGCUCACAUCUUGCCCGCUUCGUCCAGGAUAAGCUCGACAUGUACGCCCAGUUCAACCAAGACUUUCCCCCCCAGUCAAACCGGCCCCGCGGCGCCCUCUACAUCACCGAUCGAUCCAUGGACCUCAUGGCUCCCUUCCUCCACGAGUUCACAUACCAAGCAAUGGCCAUGGACCUGCUGCCGAUACAGGACAGCGACAAGGUGACGUACCGCACCAUUGUCAACGAGGAGGAUCCCGCGGCCGAGGAAAAGGACAUGGAGAUAUCCGACAAGGACAAGAUAUGGGUCGAGAACCGCCACCGGCACAUGAAGGACACUCUCGACAAGCUGAUCAGCGAUUUCCAAAAGUUCAUCGCCGACAACCCCCAUUUCACCAACCAGGACGCCCAGAACGCCGCCGGCAUGAAUGGACUGAAUGCAAUCAAGGACAUGAUCGCUGGACUGCCGCAGUUCCAGGAGAUGAAGGAAGCCUACUCUCUUCAUCUCACCAUGGCGCAGAAGUGCAUGGAGAUCUUCCAGAAGCACAAGCUCCCGGAUCUGGCUUCCGUCGAGCAGUGCCUGGCUACUGGCCUUGAUGAAGACUACCGGAAACCCAAGAACAUGACUGACCAGAUCGUGCGCACCCUGGACGAUGAAGAGAUAACGCCAGCUGACCGACUACGACUUGUCGCGCUAUACGUUCUGUUUAAGAAUGGGAUCCUACCAGCCGACCUCCAGAAGCUCCUCUUCCACGCACAGCUGCCGCCCACUGACGGCGAAGUCGUUCGCAACCUUGACCUCCUUGGAGCGCGAGUCGCCAGACAGCUCAAGGAGAAAAGAGACGCUCCACCACCGCUUUUCCCGCCUAAGCCAGCCCCGCCACCAAAUGCUGAGGAUUACGGCUUGUCCAGGUUCAAUCCCGCGUUGCAAGAUAUGCUAGAAGAGCAUGUCCGCGGUAGCCUGCCGCAGGAUGUCUUUCCCUUCACAAAGAUGUCGCCCGACGAUGCCGCGAGUAUGGCACAAGAGAAUGCUGCGCCUGCGUCACUUCGCUCUGCAAAGCCGACAUGGGCCAAGUCGCGGCUCGCAAGUGCAGAGCCCCGUCAGCGAGUCAUCGUGUUCGUAGCUGGUGGUGCAACCUAUUCCGAAGCCCGCGCCUGCUACGACGUUUCAAACAAGACCUCAAGAGACGUCUUCCUCGUCACAUCGCACAUGAUGAAGCCGCAGCUCUUUCUCCGCCAAGUUGGCGAUCUCAGUCAGAACCGCCGCAACCUGCGCUUACCUAUCGACCAGCCACAACCGAAAGCUCCAGCCCAUCUGUUCGAGAAGCCUGAGCCGCCAAAACCUGCGCCGCCCCCUGCUGGCACCAAGCCCCCUAUGCCUGGAGGCCUACCGUCCGGUCCCAGAGUCGCUGGUCCAAAGCCCCCAACCGCCGCCAUGGGCGCCAUUAAUCUCAACGGCCAGCCACAAAAACACAGCCCUUCGUCCUCGCAGAGCAGCACGAAGCCUGGUAAGGAAGAGAAGGAGGGCAAGGAAAAGAAGAAGAAGAAGUUGCAUUUGGCGGUGCAUACCUUUCUGGCGUUGUUUUGCUUUGUUCAUAGCGAGGAUUGA